AUGCAAUCCGAACUAGAUCUAUUGAAACAAGAGAGAGCCAGGCUUUUGGCUAGAAUUACAGAAUUGGAGCAGAUUGCGGAAGAUAAAAAUAAACUUGAGGUUAGAUCCAGAGUCGUGAAUUGGAACAUAUCACUGAAAACUGAGAUAAGUGUAAUGCAUUCUGAUG